UUUCCUCCUGUGGUGAAUCAGGGGAAGCUUCGUGGAGACUCUCCGCAGCAACUAAUAUCAUGGAGAUUUGGCCAAUUUGGGAGAUGCUGAAAAAGGAAAGGAAGUGCUGAUCUACAAAACUCACCUCUUCAUCUACGUGGAGAUUUGCCCAAUCGAAGCCUUCUUGUGGUUGUUGAUGGAGAGAGGAAAAGAGGGAGAGAGAAGACUCCAAUGAGAUCGAUAGAGAGAGGCUUUGUUUAACACGUUGAUCAAUGAAGUAGUCAGAUAUGGUUUCCUACAGAGAGACCUGUUGCUCGAUCAUGUAGUCGUGAUCUUUCUCCUCUAUCCUCCUUUUAAUCGCUCAUCCUCCAAUCGAUUCUCCACUCGUGGGUUUCUCUCUUGACAGAUCGUGAUUGCUUUGCUGCUCGCUGAUGCUGAUUUCGCUUAUGAUGUAACCUCUUUCCUAGCAACUAUUAAGGAAUGCACUAGUUUUUACAGAUCCCAGAGUGACCCUUUGUGGAGUUUCGAACAUUUGAUUCGGGUCUGAUCCGACCCACUUGCGGCAGAAUGAGAGACGAAGGCCUGGAGUAGAGCAGCGAGCCUGCGGCGGCGCGAGUGACAGACGCGGGCGAGGGAGAGACAGAGAGAGAGAGAAAGAGAGAACGAUGCCUGGAAGAGGCGGCCCUCCCAAACAUCAGAACAGGUACGGUUGGAAGCCUAAGGCCGGCCACAAGAAAAACGAGACCGAGUUGGGAGGCAAAUUUCGUCCAUACUCGGAGAUCACCGGUGUAUGCCAGCGCUGCAAGGACCAAAUUGAAUGGAAACGAAGGUAUGGCAAGUACAAGCCUUUGGCAGAACCGAAGAAAUGUCAGCAGUGCGGGAAAAGGGCAGUUAGGCAGGCGCACCAUAAUCUUUGUUCUGCCUGCGCGAAGGAGCGCAAAGUAUGCGCCAAAUGCUGUUGUCAUGUGGAACAGAUUGUUGGUAGAGACGUGGAUGAUGAAGCGGCAGAGCGCAAGGAAUUAGAGGAGGCCAUUAAGAAUGCUCGAGAGAGGGACCGACGGACACUCUUACGUGCUAUGAAUAAAAGUGAAAAAGGAGUCCCGCUAAAGCCAUCAAAUGCGGCAGCAGGCAAGCAAUCAUUUCAAAAUUCUAGAAUUGAUGAACAUGGUGGUUGUUAUAGUGAAACCAGUGAGGACAACGAGGAUAACAACGAGCUGGCAAAAUUAAGUAUUGCAGCAGAUAAACAAGCAAGUCAAUGUGACAACACUGAUGAUGACGAUGAUAGCAGCAAUGACAAUGAUGAUGAGGACGAGGAUGAUGAGUGUGUUGAUAUCAAUGAUUCUGACGAGAAAAAUGAUGAUGAUCCAUGCCACUGAUCCAGGAAAAGAAAAGAGGAUGGAAUCACUUUCAGCUGAUUGUAACUUAAGGUGGUUGAUAGUGUCUUUCCUGCAGCAUCUUCAAGUAGCAUAUGUGUUUUCUCCACACUGCUGGUUUUGGUAUUCUUAGUAUUGUUGUUCACUUUCAUUUAUUCAUAUACUCGUGAUAUCUUUAUUCAUAUACUCGUGAUAUUUUCGAAGGAAAGAAAGAAAGCAGGUCUUGAUGAUUUAA